CACGUUUCGUCAAGACAGAAGAACCUAUAUAAAUACCACAGUUCUAUUUGGUUGUCAAUUUACCCUCUCUUUUCAUUUGAUUUUGGCGUCGAUUUUUUGCUCGUCUCUCGUUCUCUGCGAAUCCUGUAAUUUUAUGCCCGCUCCUUCCUUCUUCAGCUGGUGAUUCUCAUUCAUUUUCUGCAGCUCAGUCUAUUAUUACCUGCCUGUUUGGCUCCCAAGAAAAUCUUCCAGCAACAAAAGCAUAAGUUCUAACGGAGCGUUUCGUUUCUUGGUCAAUACUGGUUUUGUUAUUCAUUUUGGUGGCAGUUUCUGAAGGUUUUUCGAUUAGACAACUGCAUUCCUCAAUAUCCGGUUCACGCACUUGGGUUCUUGAAGCCACCGCAUUCCUCAAUAAGUUUGUGGUGCCCUGCAUUUGAUGUACUGCUGCUUGCUGAGUGGUAGUGACAAGAAGACACAAAGAGGUGGUUUUUAUCGAUAAAAGUUUGGGUGAAGAAGAUAUCUAAGAUUAAUCUGUUGCUCUUCAUCUCUGUAGAUUAAUCUGCUGUUACAUUCUUACAUAGUUAUUGCAAUAUAAGUGGUGCUACAUAUCUUGAUCGAUGGACCUAAAGUCAAAUAAUGCUGCUCCUGUUCUUACCGAUCCUGCUGCUCCCAUGAACAAGUCAAGACUAGGCAUGCAUUCCAGACUGUUGCCUUAUUCACCUCCACUAACAGUUUUCCCUCCAGGCUUUCUUUUAGCAAUCCCUAGAAAGAAGACUGGAAUACUUGAUGAAUUUCGAUCUAGCAUCUGGCUGGAUGCGAUGAAAUCUUCAUCUCCUCCUCCUAAGAAGAUAACCAAGGAUGUUAGUAACGAGUAUCCAUCAACUGAUGCUGAUGUUGCAUACAAUGCCUGGAUGGCUAAGUAUCCAUCAGCAAUUGCGUCAUUUGAGCAAAUAGCAAAUCAUGCAAAAGGAAAGAGAAUAGCAUUGUUUCUGGAUUAUGAUGGGACACUUUCACCAAUAGUAGAUAAUCCUGAAUGCGCAUUCAUGUCUGAUGCUAUGCGUGCUAAUGUGAAAAACGCGGCAAAAUACUUCCCAACAGCUAUAAUUAGUGGAAGAAGCCGAGACAAGGUUUAUGAGUUUGUAAGGCUAACAGAACUCUAUUAUGCGGGUAGUCAUGGGAUGGAUAUCAUGGGUCCUGUUAGAGAACACAUAUGUAAUGACAUGCCCAAUUGUAUUAGGUCGAUGGAUGAACAGGGUAAGGAAGUUAAUUUAUUCCAGCCUGCUGGUGAAUUUUUACCCGUGAUUGAUGAGGUUUUUAGAUCCCUCGUUCAAUGCACCAAAGAUAUUAUAGGAGCAAAAGUUGAGAAUAAUAAGUUCUGUGUCUCUGUACAUUACCGUAAUGUAGAUGAGGAGAGUUGGACUAUAGUAGCUCAAUGUGUUCAUGACGUUCUAAAAGACUACCCACAUCUGCGUUUGACUCAUGGUCGCAAGGUUUUAGAGGUUCGCCCUGUGAUCAAUUGGGAUAAGGGAAAAGCUGUCACGUUUUUACUGGAAUCACUCGGGUUGAGUCACUGUGAUGAUGUGCUCCCCAUAUAUGUUGGAGAUGACCGGACAGAUGAGGACGCAUUUAAGGUUUUGAGAGAGGGCAAUCGAGGUUAUGGGAUUUUAGUCGGUUCUGCACCCAAGGAAAGCAAUGCAGCUUACUCGCUGAGGGAUCCAUUGGAGGUCAUGGAAUUUCUCAAGUCACUGGUGACAAUGAAGAAGUCAAGUGCUUUAUAAAUAUUAUGACGGCUACAAAGAGUAAAGCAGCCUACAUCACGUUUUGUGUUUUCUAGAGAAUAUAUGGAGAGGUUUUGAAGUACAGUUUGGUUGGAUCAUUGAUUAGUGUUGGACCACAGCUCAGAGCUUCUUGUCUUAUAUAUAUAUAUAUAUAUAGAUAUAGAUAUAUAUCCUGUUAUUGGCUCUAAGGAUGCCUUCAUAUCUUCAUGCACAAGUGUAUCAAUUAUUCAUUACUUAGAAACAUUUGUUAAUUCUUUUAAAUAUUAAUAUUUGAAUGUUCAUAAGAUUUUGAUGUA